UUCUCUAGCAACGGCGUAAUUACAAGAAUACUUUUAUCAUUUAAUGCAUUAGUAAUAGGCAUUUAAGAGUGAAACAACGAAUUGUCCAUUUUAAUCAAGUUCGAUACGAUAAACACAUUCCAAUAUGUCGGGUAGAAUGAAAGGCGUUCGUUCGCGAAGUUCUUCAAGGGCGUUCCAAAUCGAGGCUCAACGAAUACCUCAGUCGACACGACUUACCAUACAGAACUUUGUGAAUUUCGAGGAGUUAAAACAGAAGUAUAUAAGUGAGGCAGAACGGGUGCUAUUGGACGCCCUGAUCACCAUGCCGCAAGGAAGGAUCCAGUCAGCAACGAAAAAGAAAGGGAAACCCCACGUAAGACCGAGUUCGGCCGCUGCCAAUUUACAGUCCCAUCCGUCGUAUACAUCGGGACUCUUUGAUAAUGUCAGCAUCAGACCGGCUACAGCAGCGGCCGCGGGACGACGGGCCGAGCCGGCACCACUUGCUCAGCGGCCGGCGACACAGGCUGCCGGUGGCCGACGGCCAUGGAGGACAACGAAAGAGGCGACGGUUGUUGAACCAAAGGAUAUGCAUAAACAACCGCGUCGAUUAACGAUAGGCGCAGUUGAUGGAAUAGCUUCGGAUGCUAAGAAAAUAAACCGUCCAUCGCACGCUCUUGGAAAUCAAGGACAACUACUGAAAAGCAAGAUUGAAGAGCGUAUCAAUAUUGACACGUUGGAAGCCCUGAAGAAGACAUUCCAGGAGGCGGACACCAAUAGAAGUGGUCAGCUGGAACUUGACGAGUUCAAACAGCUCCUGAAAAGCAAGCUCUCUGUCUCGGCAAAUAGGGAGGCCCAAAUUGACUCCCUGUUCAUGAAGAUAGAUUGGGCCUCAGAGGGUGCCAUCACAUGGGAUGAGUUCUGCACGUACAUGCAGCUCGAGUACGCGGAGAAGGAGGACUCGUACAAGCGGGCAAAGGAUGUCGACUUCCACCUGCCCGCUAAGAUUGAGAAUAUUCCCCACCGAGACCCCGUACUGAGGAUAACAGACACCCCAGAUGGUAACUUCGUGGCUUGUAGUCAGGAUGGCAUGGUUUCCUUCUGGUCAUCAAAUAUAGAUCUGAAGAGGACCAGGUUUGUAGUGGACACAGAGCGGUCAUCAAGGGCCAAACCAAAGUGGAUCACAGACUUUGUUAUAAUGCCACAGUAUAACAAAUUCAUUGUUGGAACUGGGGACCGAGAAAUCCAGUUUUUUGAGCUGUCAUCAUUCGAGCCAUAUUGUCAGAUCAGUGGACUAGAAACUGUGCCUUUAAAAUUAGAUUACUGUUCCACGGGUCACGAUGAGUGCCUGAUCCUGUUUGGGGACAGUCAAGGGGCCAUCAACAUUCUAGUCAUCACAUCUGCGGGCGAGUGUCUAAGGACUUGGAAGAAGGCAACCAAGAUUGAUGACUUCAUUGCAAGCAUAUCCCUGAAUGACGCUGUUGGGGCCAAUGUAAACUUCAUACGCUGGGAUGUACAUAAGGACUGGGUACAACAGUUGAAGUACUACCAUGAGAUAGGUCAGAUUAUAUCUUGCUCAAAUCACGAUAACACAGCUCUUGUCAUUGGCUGUACCACUGGAAGCACCCACGUGGAGUCCCAACUAAAGGAAGUGAAGGAAAGCCUCCAGAAAGAGAACAAGGACCCGAUGGACCGUGGCAAGGUCAACAAGUACACGUACGGACUUGUGCGACCGAGGCUCGAGUCAGACCAGUCCGUGUUCAAGGUGUACAAGGGCGUCAAGUGCUUUGACUUCUCCAAGGAGAAGAACGUCAUCGUCACCGGCGGAAUGGAUCGCAUCGUUCGACUCUGGAAUCCAUAUGUGUCUGGCAAGCCAACAGCCAUGUUACGAGGCCACAGCGCGCCUAUUUUCUUCCUGUUCAUUGCGGAGGAAGAGAACAGAAUAUUCAGCAUUUCCACAGACAAAUGUAUAAAGGUUUGGGACAUACAGGAUCAUCUGUGUCUGCUGACAAUUCGACCCAAGAGUCACAAGAUCAGGGGAGACCUGCAGGCCGUUCACUACUCCAACAUCUCCAAGACUGUUGCCGUAGCAACCGACCAGAUGGCCGCUCUCAACUUAAGACUCAAGCCCGUCCUCCAUGCGGACAUUGUGAUCAGCCACAAGGAGCCAGUGACUGCCUGCUCCUACAACCCUAGCUUCAAGCAGGUCAUCACAUGCUCUGAGAGCUCAGUUAUCAAGAUCUGGGACUUUGAAAGUGGUACCCCAAUAUUUGAGUAUGGAGACGCACAUGGCGACGCUGCAAUUACAUGUAUGACCUUCGAUAAGUGUGGCCGCCGAUUGAUCACAGGAGGACGUGACGGCCUUAUUCGAAUAUGGAAUUACAACAACGGACAUUGCCUGAAGAUAUUACAGAGAGAGGAUGACAAUGAGGAGAUAUGUGACCUGACAUACGUGGAGAUGAACCGCAACAAGUACAUCGUGGGUGUCGGCUGGGACCGCCGUAUCAAUAUCUACAGCGAUGACAUCACAGACAACACUAUCCAUCAUGUGCAGCAUCCCCUGCCAAAGUGGCACGACGACUUGAUCCGAGGUCACACUGAGGACAUCUUGUCUGUGGCGCAGUGUCCACCCAACAUGCUGGCCACAGCGAGCUAUGACGGUCAGAUCAUUGUCUGGAACAUGGUCAGUGGGCACAUCUUCGCCAACCUCAAGGCUCCCAAACCCUCCGAGUAUGAGGACCAGUCAUUGGAUGGCGACCUAAGUAUCAACAAGCUGGUGUUCCUGGCCACUCGGGCGCAUAACAAGGACUCGGGCUCCCUGGUAGCCAGCGGGCCCCGAGCUCACAUACACUUCUGGAACGUCUUCCAGGGAGGAAAACUACUGGCUCAGUUCCCAGGGUCAAAUUCGAAGGGUGUUAUGGUGAGUGUUCUAGAAGUGAACGAGAAAAACACCAUCCUCUUCUCUGGUGACAGUCUGGGCUUUGUGUACCUGUGGGACAUCGAGGGAUAUGCUGCCUAUGGGAUUGAGAAGGACCCACCAGAGGUGAUUGUGACGUGGAGGGGUCAUGUGAAAAGUGUGACGGCAAUCUCUCUCGUGGAGGCACACAAGCUUCUCAUCACUUCUUCUGUUGAUUGCACCGUCCGCAUGUGGAAUAUGGAGGGGCACUAUGUCGGCACAUUUGGUCAGCCUGACCCCUGGGACAUCUACAACAUGGGCACGUGGCAGCAUCCUAUGGUACCCUACGACGUUCUCAUAGACCCCAUGAGUCUGCCCGAUCACCCCGUGGUCUCUGAGAAACAGAACAUGCAUCAGAUCAUACACGAGGACUCCGCAAGAAACUCCACUUCUGAAAAGGCACGCACCCCCACUCCCCCAGUGGUAUACACCAAGCAGCAGUUCCACAUUGAUGAUGAUACCAUCGCUUCCCUUAUAAGGGAAAAGACCUUCAAACAAGGCUCAGGCAAAAGGCAACGUCAUGAGAAGCUGCGCCCAGUACGAGUGGACCGAGGGGGACCCAGUGAGUUUCAGAUGUUACGGACGCUUGACCUAGAAGAGACGCCUCAACCAAAAAUGCCGACCCUGAAACUGGACAAGAACGACCCCUUCAACUUCAAAUUGAUAGACCUCCCCGAUACGUCUGCGGUGUGCGAGCCAGGCUGGGUGGAGUACAACAGCAAAUGCAUCUACAUUUCGUCGGAAGGCUACAACAGGCAUGAUGCGGAUGACUUUUGCUCGAGACGAAAUGCAACUAUUUGGAUUCCUACAAACGAUCAGGAACAGAGCUGGUUGGUCAAGGUGCUAUUGGAAGGGAGAAGUAUGCAGUAUUUCAUCGGUUUGCGAUUGGUUAGCAAUCGAUGGACGUGGGAUGAUGGUCACCCAUAUAGCAUAUCAAAUGUACAUUGGUAUCAAAACCAAGAGGGCCCUAUCAACGCGAAUCGUGACUGUGCUGCCAUGUUUUCCUACAUGCCUUAUGCCGGGCAGAUACAGAGCCAACCCUGUAAUAGUGGGCAGGGCAUCAUCUGUCAACGACCAAACAAUAUGUUGGAUCUGUGUGACAUAGAUGAUGGAUGGAUUUUUGCUGGUGGUCGGUGCCUUAAGGUGUUUGACACACCCCGCUCCUGGUUUGAUGCGCGUCGGGAAUGUCAGAGAAAUCAAGGGGACCUUACUAUGUUCAAGGACAACAAUGAGUUACGAAAUCUGGACACUGUUCUCAACUGCCGCACAGUUGAAAACACGUACUGGAUCGGGCUAUCAGACACAGUUCAGCCUGGCAUAUGGAAGUGGAUCAACAAUGACACAACAAACAGAUUUUCUAGAUGGUCUUCAUAUGGAUAUCAGAUCCUGGUGAAUGGGUCAACGUGCGCUGCAGCCGCCUCUGUGGAGUACUGGUCGUGGAGACACUACACGUGUGACACACUCCACAAGUUCGUCUGCAACAGGUCUUUAGGGGUGUGCCCCACAGGCUGGCUGCAGAAUAAAGACCGCUGCUACGAGACGAAUGUUGUCAGCGGUUACUGGCAGACAUGGUUCAGCGCACAGCAACACUGCCAGUCCACCGGAACAUCGCUCCUCAUCAUAGACAGUGCAGAUGAACAGCAGUUUAUCAGUAACACCUUGCAGACAUUGAAAGUUGACCGACUCUGGUUGGGAUUUUCAGAUAUGAAUGCAUCUGAUGUACUUCUCUGGGUGGAUGGUAAUGCUGUCCAGAACAGCAGUCGCUACCAGAACUUCGACACAAACUUCCCACUUUUAAUCAACACUAGAUUUGACUGCGGUCUCAUUAUCAGAGGACAGAACUCUCGGUGGUCCAAUGCCUACUGCUUUAACCACAAUGCUUUCUUCUGCGAGAUGAAAAUCACAGGAACACCAAUAACAACCACACAAACUAGUUCGCUGUUUGAAUGUGACCAGGACUGGCGACUGUUUGGUCAGAGCUGCUACUACUUUGGUCCCGUCAGGAACCAGUCUCUGAAGAGCUGGGCUGAGGCGUCUGACUACUGUCAGGCUGCAGGCGACGGCCUCGUCAUCAUCGGAGACCCAUUUGAGAUGUCCUUUGUAACAGAUAUGCAGUCAAGUAUCCUGACUGCAUGGAUUGGACUCAAAUACAACAAGGUUACACACAACCUCACCUGGGUGGAUGGCACGAUUCCUGGACAACACUGGCGCAACGAGACAAACUUCUACCCUGGAGAGCCAGACGACAUAGAUGAAGGCCAGGAAUGCAUACAGAUCAUAGGGGGCCGGCAGGACUUCUCGGGGGCCUGGGACGAUGGCAACUGUUCUAUGGAGCAGGGCUUCAUCUGUGAGAAGGGUGCAAAACUGAAGACCUACAUUGGGCCACCAACAGAUCCUGCUAUUCCAGGCAAUGUGUUGUCCCCGCAGUGUGGUACCGGUUGGUCAUACAGUUCCAGCGACAACAACUGUUACCAGGUGGUUCUGAACAGACCCAAGACAUGGUCGGCUGCACGCGCUGACUGCAUACAGCAGGGUGGAGACCUGCUGAGCGUUCCGGGACGCCUGGAACAGAACUUUGUUCAAGCCAUGCUGAGUUCUGGGUACUAUGCCCACAUACAGCUGAACUUCUGGAUAGGGGCCACCGACCAGGGCCAGGAAGGGGGAUGGAGGUGGACUGAUGGCUCUCCUUUCAGGUUUUUAAACUGGUACCCAGGUGAGCCAAACAAUCAGGUUCUUGGUUCCCGUCCUGAGGAUUGUGCAGAGAUGGUACCCAGUUGGAUCUACCAGUGGAAUGACAAGAAAUGUAACAUCGAGCAACUCUACAUUUGCAAAAAGCAAGCCACUGCUGUUGCAUCAACAACCAUAAACCCACCUCAAUCUGCUAAUGGUCCAUGUGUGGGUGAGGCGAUGAUCUCGGGAAACUACAGUGUGUUGGACACGACCAUAUUCCACGCCUCCAGCAGCCGUGACCCCCAGCACCUGCCUGUAUUCUCUCGUCUGCUGGCCAAUAGUGCAUCGGGCGCCUGGUCAAGCAAGGUUGCAGAUGAGAACCAGUUUAUAGAGAUUCAUUUCUACAGUACAGUGGUUGUGAAGGGCAUAGUGACAGCAGGGAGAACAGACAGUGAUGAGUGGAUCACCAAGUACAGCCUACUGUACCAAGAAAGCUAUUACGCCAAAUUUUUCACCUAUCAGGAUAUACCUGGGAUUGAUACGGUGUUCACAGGCAACAAUGACUCAAUGACUCCCGUUACAAACUCGCUGAUGUUUCCAUUCGAAGCCCAGGUAGUGAGACUGGUACCGAUGCAAUGGCACAACGGCAUCUCCCUACGCUGGGAGAUCAUUGGGUGUAGAUCAGAGAAAUGUAAACAAGACUAUGCCAUCAGUGGCCCACUGGUCGUUGACGACAGCAAGCUGAAGGCCUCUAGUGUCCUGGACGUUGGCCAUGAUGCUGCCUCCUCCAGAAUACGCCCCAUCCUCCCAUCUAUCAACCCUUCCUGCUGGAAACCACAGUCUGAUUCCACCAGUGAAUACUUAAAUGCUGACCUUGGAAACAUUAUGUUGAUAAUUGGCAUUACAAUACGAGGCAACCCAAUUGCACAAGAAUGGGUCUCCAGCUUUAAAUUCCGCUUUGGCUUGGCGGCAGACAGUUUACAGUAUUACAACGAGCCUUACGGACUUGUGAAAGUGAUACCGGGUAAUGUGGACAAUGUUUCACCAUUCACGUACUACUUCAAGUCUCAUUUCAAGGCCCAGUUCAUCCAGAUAGAGCCAAUCUCUUGGAAUAUUCAUAUUGCCAUUGCCUUUGAUAUCAUGGUUUGUCAGACAGGUUGCACCAGCCAACCACUGAUCAGUGGCUCAAUCCACAUACCUGAUGACCAGCUGAACGCAUCAUCUGUGUUGGACCCUCAGCAUUCAGUGUUCCGGGCCCGGCUCAACCUGCCUGCAAACGGGGCGUACGCGGGGGCUUGGAUUCCCCUGUUUAGCGACACGCAUCAAUACAUGCAGGCGGAUCUCGGGUACCCGAUCCAACUGACUGCUAUAUCCACCCAGGGGUCAUUUGACACCCAGGACUGGGUUACCUCCUACCAGCUCAGCUACUCUGGGGACGGAAACACAUGGAACUCAUACUAUGAACUUGGCAACACACCCAAGAUGUUUGAAGGAAACCUGGAAAACAGGAUGGCAAGGAAGCACUACAUGCUGAUACCGUUUAUUGCCCGCUUUGUACGUCUUUGGCCCCAGUCCUGGCAUAACCGGAUAGCCCUCAGAUGGGAGCUCUAUGGAUGUCCAGGCUCAGAUUCCGGGGUGCAGGUGGGUUGUUUUGCGGACGACUCUCGCAACCGUGACCUGCCCUUCGAGCCCUACACGGACCCCAAUGUAGGCAUGUGGCCCCCAAUGUGUGUGGACCACUGCUUCCGCAAUGGCUACUACUAUGCUGGGCUCCAGGACCAGUACAACUGUUUCUGUGGCAACACAUUUGGACGUUAUGGGGCUGCCUCAAACUGUUCCCUGCCAUGCUUUCCACUGAAAAACUUCCAAUGUGGUGGACCUUCAAACAACAUCAUUUAUACUACUGGCUUGUCGCCCCUCAGUAAAGUGUGCCCAUCCUACUGGAAGGGCUUCCAGGAUCAGUGCUACAUCCUGAUGCUGGACAGGAAGGGGUGGUUGAACGCCAGGGCAGACUGCAAGAUCGAGGGCGGGGACCUGGCUUCCCCUAACAACAAGGGCCAGCAGGCCUUCAUUUACAGCUUGCUGCAGAACUCCAAUGGAGAGGACGCAUGGAUUGGUUUCAAUGACAUGCUGGAUGAGAGCCUGUUCAACUGGGCAGACGGAAGCCAGGUGGAGUACACACAGUGGGCGGUUGGGCAGCCUAACCACAUCCUCAAUGACAACCAGGACUGUGUGCUCAUGCAGGCUAAUGGCAGUAGUUGGCUGACGGAGAGCUGUGACAACACACACAUGUAUGUCUGCCAGAUGGACAAGCGGUCCUCCGACGUGGUGUCCCCGCCACGGCUAGACCCCGGUUGCCCACCGGGCUGGGUCGGAUACCGCUGGGCGUGCUACAUGGUUGCCGACGCCAUCAGGACCUGGCAGCAGAGCAAGAUCAACUGCUACACUCUGAGUGGGGUCCUGCUCAGGAUUGACGACAGCUACGAGCAGGCGUUUAUCUCCAGUCUUCUCAGCAACCGGGAGCGUAGCUACUGGAUGGACGUCUCUGAUGUCAACCAGCCCGGCACCUAUCAGCACACAGUGGGCCAGCCAUAUGUCACCUUCACUAACUGGGCACCAAACUUACCUGACAAGACCUCUCAGUGUGUGGCCCUGGGUAGCGGCAAUGUGUCAGGUCUGUGGUUCAACAGACAGUGUGACAAUCAGUAUGGUGUGAUCUGCAAGAAGUUGCGGUCAGGCUACACACCACCUACAAUGCCUCCUGCUACCACCCAGCUGCCUGCAUGUGCACAGGGGCUUGUACAGACGGACAACUACUGCUACCAGAUCAAUGUUCAGAGUGGAGACAGCAAGAAGAGCUGGCAGGAGGCUUUGGACGACUGUGUGCUCAAGGGAGGUAAUCUAGCCUCGUUCCAUACCGCCCAGGAUGUGGACACUGUCUGGAGGCAGGGGCUCAUAGGACAGACAACAGAUUUUUGGAUUGGACUAAAUGACAGAGGAGUAGAAAAUGGUUACGUAUGGAGUGACCAGUCACCAGUACAGGUGACCAAUUGGAAGCAAGGAGAGCCAAACAACUACGACAACAAUGAGGAUUGUGUGGCCAUGAAUGCCCUUACCUCUCAGUGGAAUGAUGCCGCAUGCUAUUCAUUCUACAACUGGAUCUGCAUGGUGAAGAGGGGACAAAGUAGCCUUACUUUACCAACAACGCCCCCUCUUCCAGUCACGGGUCCAAGUUUAAUAUGUGGUACACGUACAAACUGGGUGAACUAUGGCUUCUUCUGCUACUAUGCCAACAAUGGCAAUGGUGACCAAGGAAAGACUUGGCGUACUGCCAGGAAGUAUUGCCAGGACAACGGUGGAGAUUUGGUGUCAAUCACGUCUGCUGCAGAACAAGACUUUAUUAUGAGAACUUUGAUGAAAGGCUUCUCAGGUUAUGCAGUUUGGAUUGGCUACAAUGCCUUGGACCAUGACACAGGCUACAGGUGGUCAGAUGGAUCCCCGACUCAAUUCCUCAACUGGAAUAUAAAUGAGCCCAACGAUUUUGGUGGUGCAGAGGAUUGUGUGGACAUGUUGAUUAGAAAUGGAAAAUGGAACGAUGACAACUGUGGUAAGAGUGCUGGGUAUGUGUGCAAGGUGAAGGUCGGUGUAACCCCAACACCUCCAGGCCUGUCCACUCCUGCCCCAGGGUUUUGUCCUGCAGGAUUCAGCCAACUGCAGAACCGUUGCUACAGGAUAUUCACACAGGGCGCCAACUGGACUACUGCUGCUAGCACCUGCCAGUCAUUUGGGUCACACUACAAACUGGCUAGCAUUAGAAACGAAAUGGAAAAUGCUUUCAUUGUGACAAUUAUGGCCAACAUGCAGGUGUACCCUUGGAUUGGUCUGAGGAAGAACGAUGUGAACCAGUUCUACUGGGAGAACAAUGAUGAUGUCACAUACACCAACUUUGGCUAUGGUGAACCCAAUGGAGACCAGAGAGAACGCUGUGUUCAGAUUAUGAGUUACCAGUCCAAGGUGGGUCAGUGGAAUGACUAUGAGUGUGCACAGGUGCUACCCUACAUCUGUAUGGUAGACAAAGAUUCCACCCUUCCUACAGCAGAACCCAUACCCAGUGUAUGUGAUAUUCAACAGGGGCAGGAGCAGUUCCAGACAAGCUGCUACUUCUACGUCUCCACCCCGGGCAACUGGACCGAUGCUGACCAGGGAUGCAUGACGCAGGGUGGAUUUCUGUCAUCAGUGAAUUCAGAGUAUGAACAGGCAUACGUUUUCUUGCAGUUGAAACUGCGUUCAGCAAGCAGCUUGUGGAUUGGAUUGAAUGAUAGACAGCUGUCUGGGACGUAUACCUGGAGUGACCAGUGGCCAGUUGUUUACAGUAACUGGGACGUGGGUCAGCCAGCCGGAGGUCAGGGCUGUGUGAUGGUUAACUCCACGGGCAAGUGGAAUGACGUAGCCUGCAGCAACAAGUUCCCAUAUAUCUGCAAAAUAUCUCGGGUUUACCCAACAUUGACCCCUCCACCACCAAAUGCCAGGUGUGACCUGAACUGGUAUGGCCGUAAUGGGAAUUGCUACUAUCUGGGUCUUGCACAACCCAGGACUGCCUUAGAUGCAGAGUUCUACUGUCAGUCCAGGCAGGCCCACCUGGUCUCAGUGGAAACAAAGGAGGAGAAUGACUACCUACAGACGACCAUUUCUCAGCUGGCCAUACAGGGACAGAGCUUCUGGACUGGUCUCCACAAAUCAUUGGACUCUGGUUUCCAGUGGGUCUCUAGUUCCCCAGUGUCUUUCACAAACUGGCGCCAGGGGGAACCAUCCAUGCAUGGGUGGGGAGGUAAUCUUGAGAACUGUAUGGAGGUCUUCUUGUCUGACGGCAAGUGGAAUGAUGAAGACUGCAAUACUCAGCGACCAUUUGUGUGCGAGAAAAAUAUGGCUGCUGAUGCCAGCAUGCAGUCCAUAGGGACAGGUGGGGCUCCAAUGAGUAUCCCCACCCCAAAGCCCUUCACCCGCCCAUCCAUCCUGCCCCCUCAGUUUGAACCCACCCUGUCAACCACAAUAAUCACACCACAGCCACUCGUCACUGUAACCCCAACCUCUCAGGUCAUCACACCACGGUCAUUGGUGACCGUAGUCGGGCAAAAUACCCUGCCACAAACACCUGCAAUUGGCCAACAGACAAGCGUCACUACUGGGCUGGGACAGUCAACUGUGCUUAAAGCAAAUCCUACGCAGUCUUCUUCUUCUAUUGGAUCAUCAAGUGGACCAUCCAUAUCCUUUAGUGGAGCAACUCUGGCAAACAGGAUUGGAGACCCUGCUCCCCAGACACAGCCCAGUAUGUCAGGCGGCAGUAUAGCAGGUGUUGUAUUAGGGGUGGUGGGUGUGAUCCUGCUAGCAGGGCUGGUAUUCCUGUACUGGAGGCGAAACAGGGUCCCUGGGUCAUCUGGAGGUGGACUGUCAGGGUUUAUGAACAAGCUGUACGAUCAUGACAAGCAUAACCACGAAAUGGAGACCAGAAACUCCUUUGACAAUCCAGAGUCACAUGGUUGAAAUGAUCAAUAACUAUAUAUAUGGACUAAAUGUAUUCUAAAUUCGUUUUCAGUGCUAUUGUAUUUACCUAUGUGAGUAUAAUAACCAACAAAAACUGACCCGUGGUGCUUUUUGAGUGUUAUGUUUUUUGCUUGCUAUGGUUAUUUUGUCCAAAUUUUAAAUAGGAUGAUGUAUAGUUAUUUGUUACAUGUUACCAUGCAGUGCAAUAGUAUUAUAUUUUCAUAUGUGUAUGUAAGUUAAAUCAGCAAUAAUUGUCCACUGUUGCUUUUAUUAAAUGUUAUUGAUGUUUGUUAAUAUAUUCAUAUUAAAAACAAAAUUGGACUAUAUGCAUUUGUUACUGAUUACCACGAAAACCAUACCAUUUUAAAAAUAAUGAUUUUAUUGAAUUUGUAUUAAUCUUGCUAUAAGGCAGUGUUAAACGUAUAAAUAUCCGGUUUUUUCAUACAGGAAUGUUUGCAAAAUUAUGUCAAAUAUUUGGUUGCUACUUGAUUUGUAAAUAUUGUUUUUAAUAGGGAACAGGGAAUUUAUAAAGGGGUAUUUAAUUUUGUUUUGCGCAAUUUACAUGCAAUACUCAUAGAUAAUAGUAAUUAUAGUAUUAUAUUGACAGUGAUUAAUGGCACCUCAGAUGUAAAUACUAUUGUAGACAACUGUACAUUAUUCAACCUUUGUAACAGAACAUUAAUAAAAGCUGUUUGAUGUGAUGUGAAACAGUUUUGAAACUGUCAUUUGAAAUGUUUAUAAAGGCUCCAAAGAAGCGGGCAAGUAUAACUGAACACAUAUUUGCCCAUUAUUUUCUCUCAUCAGUAGAGCACAUUAGGUCUAGAAUCUUAACACUAAAAUGAACUACUAAAGACGCCUUAUUGUUUUGGUUCAAGUUCAAAGCCCGUCUGAUUGAAAUGCUACCAAAUAAUGCUCACAAUUUUAUUGUUCAUGCGAUCAUAAUGAAACCAUUAUACAUAGUUACUUAAAACUUGGAUGUGGAUUUGAUAGUUGGUCAUGGAUGUACCGGGAAGGUUUGUCAUGUACUUUAGUACGAAGGUCAUGACCAAAGAAAUGCCCGCUAUUGAUUUAUCUGAAGAAUUAUCAUUUGCUUUAUCAAAUUGUAGGCUAGAAGCGUAUUUGUAGAUUAAUUGUCGAAAUAAAUGUUACCAUUG